AUGGAAAAGCCAACCUUUUGGGCUAUUUUAGGAUUUCUGUCAAUGGGAAUUAUAUUAUCAUUCUCUUCAAUGGGAAUAUUCUUAACUAAAUAUGACCAAGACAAGGAAGCUCUUAUAUAUAAAAAGGCUGUUUUGACAGAGUAAGUAUUUAAUUGAUAGUUAGUGCUAAUGCUUUGUCUUGGGGAGCUACUCCAGGGUAUAAGGAUGUAAAAGAAAUAAAUACCUUUUAAUUUUUUACUCAUCGUUCAGGAAUAAUUUUUGAUGUUGCUAAAGAAUCCUCAAAAUAUUCCUAUGUAUCAGAAUUGUCUAAUAGAACUUAUGUUCCUUCAGUAAUAUAUUUUCUUAUAAUCAUAGUCACUUGGAUUCAUAAAAUUCUUCCCCAAAUUUAAGUUUGAGAAAAUAUCAGAUUAGACUAGUGAUAUUACAAAUCUAAAUAUUGCAGCAAUUUAAUACUUUUACAAAAGUCUUAAUUAACCUGCUUUUGCUAAGUUGCCUAGAUAUUUAAAUAUGAUAUUUCAAGGAUUAUCUUAGGAUUUUAUGAAUUACUAUUUUACUCAUACCAUAUAUGAUUUCUAUACAUCUGAUUAAAAAUUAGUUUAUGAUACUAUAUUCACACCAGCCAAAAUUAGGUAUCAAUCAAUCUUAAUAUAUAUAGUAAGGAGACACAAGAUAAAAUGUGGAAUGAUGAAUAAUAUGGAUGGAAUUCUGAAACCAGUUUCUCUAAAUGGAUAAGAGCAUAUUUCAAUGGGGGAGAUAGUAAAUUAUAACUUUAUUUUUCCUUAUCUGAUGAAUAGAUGAAUUAACUUAUUGGAUAAGGAUCAACAAUCAACAAACUUAGAAAACUAAUCAUAAAUUCAGUUUCUACAGGUGUUUAAGGACAAUAAAAAGGAAGUUGUUUAAAAAAAAAUGAAUGUACAUUAUGGGAAUUAGGUGUUAUUUAAUGGGCAUUUGGUGGUUUAACAGCAAAAGAUUUUGUUCCACCAGUUACAUUUUCAGGUGGUAGUUAUUCUAAAUUUAAUGAUUCAAUACCUAAGAGUUAUGAAUUUUAUAUAGAUGGAUCUGAAUAUUAAUAUGAUGAUGUGAAAAAUAAUAUUGGUCAAAAUUUUGAAUAGAUGCCAAAUCUUUUAGGAUUCAAUACUAUGUAAUAUAUUUGGGAGAAUAAAGAUCAUCUUGAAAGAGUGUCUAAUAAAUUAAAUUGGUAAAAUGACAAUGCUACGAAUUACACAAAAUCUACAAAUUUAAUUAAAUAUUUAAAUACUUAAUUUGAUUAUAUUAAUAAUAUUGAAGAUACUUAUGCAUUUUAAACUUGGAGAUUUAUGAGUAAAAUGAUUUAUGAAGCUGGUAUUAUGUUGAGAGAUGGAUUAUAUGCAAAAGCUUUAUAUUAUAGAUUUGAAAAUAUCAAAUGUGCAGAUGAUUAUUUUAUUCCAUUUUAAGAUGCAUGUGAUAGUAAAUAUGAUUUUACUAUAAAUCCAAAGAAUGCAUUAAUUUGGGUUAAUGCUGCAUUUGAAAAAAAGUAAUCAGAUUCAUUUAAAACAUUAAUGAAAGAUUUAAAAGCAAAUGAAUAAGUUUUAUGGGAUUACUUAACUGAUGGAAUGUCAGAUUUUUCAAAAGCUAUGAAUGAAUUUCAUUUGGCAAUAUCAAAAUAUUAUAAAUGCACUUAUUAAAUAUGUUAAGCAGAAGAAUUAUGGUAUAAAUAAUGGGGAAAUAGUUCAGUCACUUAAAAUUAUCCUAAAGAAUUAGCCUUUUGGGAUACUGAUAAAACAAUUACAAUAUCAAAAUGGGAUAUUUAUGCAGAUAAACCAUUUGUUCAUUAUGAAUUUUAUUCAUUUUGUGGUGAAAAAAUAACUGAAAAAAUAUAAUAACAAUUAUUUAAUUUUGAUAUGGGUGGAAUAUUUGGAUAUUAUUCUUUAAGAAAUUUAUAUGAACAUCAUUUCAAUAGCACAAAAGUAUUAAGUCCAAAGUUUCCAUUAAAAGGUGAACAAUUAAAAUUACUUAUUAAAUAUCUUAAACAUUGUUUAACAAAUUAUUGGUAUGGAGGUCAUAUGAUUACAACCUAAUAAUCUAAAUAUUUAUUUGAUUAUGAUAAUACUUACACUGAUAAAAUAUCUUCAUUUGAACCUAUAUAUGAAGGUAGCAAUUUUAGAGAUAAUGGUGCUCAUCUUCUUGAACCAAAUAAUUAAGAGUUCUUAAAAUUUGCUACCAUGUAUGAUUUUUAUCAAAUGGAUACUGGUAUCAAAGAUAUAGACAAUGUUGGUUAAGUAGUAAGAACUUUGGAUGAAUCAAAAAUCAAAAGAAAAAGAGUCAUCUAUUAUAAUCCAUAAACUGAAUAUUCUACUCAAUAUUACAAUUAUCCUUAUGGAAAAGAUAUUAAUGUUACUGGUGGUUAUGGUUAUGCAUUCCAACCUGAUUUAAUAGCUAAUUUCUAAAAGUAAUUAGACUUAUUUGAUUUUGAUAUUCAUAAGAACCUUAAAUUAAAUUAUCAUGAAACUAAUACUUAUAAGGGCUAUGAUGUAAUCAAAUAUAAAGUAGAAAGUCAAAUGAUUUCAUUAGAACCAUAUACAGAUCUACCUAUAUUUUUGACAAUUGGUUACUAAUCAAUUGAUGGUUGUGUUUAAAUUAAUGGGUCUUCUUGUAAUUAAUAUAUGGCUCAUGUUCCUGAAUCAUCUUAUAUUAUUGAAGCUAUUACUGGUAAAGUUGUUUCAUUUACUAAAACAUUUAUCUAUUGGUUAAAAAUAGAUAAUAAAAGUCCAUUACAAUAAGAACCUUUCAAUGAUGAAAUAAUUGUUCCCAUACUCCAAAGAUCUAUUACUUAUGAUUUUACAGAAGAUUAGAUGAAUGAACACUUCUAAGAUGUGAAAGAUCUUUAAAAACAUAAGGAUACAAUUUUCUAUGUAACAUUAACAUUUGGACUCAUCUUUUGUUUAGCAUUUAUUGGAUUCAUCAUCUAUUUCAGAAAGAAUGAACCAAAUAUUCAUUCUAGAGCACCAUCAGUAUAUUCAGUUGUUGCUGAAGAAUGA